CUCAUAUUUGACUUGUUGAGCACUGUACUUACGAUGUACUGAUCCUCGAUAUAUAUUUUAUGUAUUACAAAAUAGCCUUUGUUCUAAAGUUCAUUCAGAAAUAAGACAAGUUUGCAACUUUGUUUUUUAAUGGCCAAUAUCAAAGUUAUUAGAAGAUGCAUAUUUUUCUUGCUAGCCCUAUCUUUUGUGCUGGGUGAUAGAUUUGUUGGUGGAAGAAGCGUUGAUACUAGGGAAACCAAAGAGUUAGUUAAGCAUAAAGGAACUGUCAAAACUAUUGAGGGUAAGAAUGGCGACAUAAUAGACUGUGUAGAUAUCAAUCAACAACCUGCUUUCAAUCAUCCGUUACUCAAGAAUCAUACCAUACAGAUGGAACCCAGUUUCAUUCGAAAGGUAACAAAUGAAGAAUUAUACAAUGCCGAGCUAUUUCAAGGUUGGCAUGAGGAUGAAGAAUGUCCUGAAGGAACAAUCCCAAUUAGACAUGCUCGAGAGGGUGAAAAUUUUGCCCAUCGUACAAUAGCCCCACUUGCACAUCGGAAAGAGCUUAAUAUCCGCCGUAAUUAUGAUACUGCAGGGCAUGAGUAUGCCCAAGCUCAUUUGAGUCCUGGCAACUACUAUGGAGCCCAUGCAACAAUUAACUUAUGGAGCCCUCAAAUAAUGGAUGCGGACUUUAGCCUUGCUCAAAUAUGGGUUGUGGCGGGUCCGGACAACGAACUAAACACCAUUGAAGCCGGAUGGCGGGCUGAUAAUCACAACGGGCAACCCAGGUUUUUCGUAUAUUGGACUCGUGACGCGUAUGAAAAAACUGGGUGCCAAAAUCUUGAAUGCCCAGGUUUUGUGCAAGUAGACCGAAAAUUUGCAAUAGGUUCUCCCCUAAAUCCCGUUUCAACCUACAAAGGGACGCAACAUGAUAUAGGGGUAACCAUAUACAAGGAUAAAGGAAAUUGGUGGCUACAAGUGCAAAAUCAAGCUAUUGGAUAUUGGCCUCAUUCCAUCUUCCCACAUUUAGCAAACGUGGCUACCUCACUCAGUUGGGGUGGAGAGAUUUAUUCAUCAGGGAAAGAGGGUCAUCACACAUCAACUCAUAUGGGGAGUGGACAUUUUCCUAGUGAAGGCUAUGGAAAAGCAAGUUAUUUUCGCAAUAUUCAAUACAUUGAUAGCAAUGGCAAAUUCAUUGACGCUGGUGAGGAAUUGCACCCAGAUACAACAAAAUCUUCUUGCUAUGAUAUAAGUCUUGUGACCGUUAAGAAUGGUGGCAAUGGAACCCAAUUCUACUUUGGGGGUCCUGGGUAUUCAGCAACAUGUCCUUAGAAGGGAAGAAGAAAAAAUGAUGGUAUUUGUACUAAUAAAUCACAUCUUGGAGGGAUUAAAAUUUCUUGAAAAAGAUAUUAGCACAU